AUGUGGAUGCGUAUCAGUGAAACGGACAGUCAUACAUCCAGCACCGAAUUUACAGACAGCGACAGUGAUGAUGAAGUGGAAUUGUACUUCACAACUCCGCAGCAAGUGUUGGAUAUCUUCUCUGAACUCGAAGAACAAAAUCUGACUUUGAUCCAGAACACUCAGGAGACAGAGGAGACCCUGGAAGACAUCAAACAGUCGUUCGAAGCCAACCGAAAGAAAAUGGAGAAAGAAACUUGGUCCCUUAAAGACCAAAUUGAGAAGACCAAAGUUAAAAUACAGGAAGAAGAAGAAAUGGCGGCGGAUCUUGAAAUGAAAGUAAAAUUGUUCUCAGCAAGUGGUAACAUGCAGUCAGCUGACCAAAAUUCUAUGCUUGAUGAACUAAACAAGAAGGUCGAAGAAGUCUAUCGAGGUAUUAUUGGAACUAAUGAAGCCAACAUUGAGUAAGUCUUUAAAAUUCUU